AUGAGAAAAUCUGUGUUCGGUCAACGACCCAUGGUCCAAAUAUCCGAUGGAAAAAUAAGAGGAAUUUAUGACUUUGCCUAUUAUGGAAGGCAGUUUGCAGGCUUCAUUGGUAUUCCUUACGCUGAACCUCCACUUGGUCAACUUCGAUUCAAGGAACCUGUACCGGUGAAACCAUGGCAAGGCAUAUGGGAUGCAUCACGGUUGAAGAUUAACUGUCUACAGCUGGAUGAUGAUAGGCAGAAAGUUGUUGGUGAAGAAGACUGCUUAUAUCUUAAUGUUUUUACAUCUCAGGAUCCAGAUCUGAAGUACUAUACAAAUUCCAUUAUCUGCAGCUUCUUUGACUUUCAUGCCAACUCAGCUACUAAAUAUCUUAUAUCAUAUCACUGUGGCAGUCUUCUUGGUGAUACUAUUGUAAUCAAGGGUCACAGUCUGCCAUCAGUAAAUUCUAUACAUCCAAAAUUGGAUGUAGUUAUCUUUUUCCACCCAGGUGCAUUCAUGUUUGGAGGUGGUGACUGGUAUGGACCACACUACAUAAUGGACCGCAGUGUAGUGUUGGUGACAGUAAAUUACAGGCUUAAUGUACUUGGAUUUUUAAGUACUUUAGAUGAGGUGCUUCCUGGCAACAAUGGGUUGAAAGAUCAGGUACUGGCAUUGAAGUGGGUUAAGAAGAAUAUAGCAGCAUUUGGAGGAAAUCCUGACAGUGUAACAAUUGCAGGGACAUCAGCAGGUGCAUCAAGUGUGCAAUAUCAUUUCCUGUCACCACUUUCAAAAGGUUUGUUUGUCAGAGGCAUAUCAACAAGUGGCACAACAUUGUGCGCUUGGGCAAAUGCAGAGGGAAUGAGAGAAAAAGCAUUCCGACUUGGAGCAGCAGUAGGUUGUGAUACUGAUUCAUCUACUAUGCUUAUUAGAUGCCUAAGGAAUCGACCUGCAGGUCAACUGGUUGAGAAGGUGCUACUAUUUCAGGUGCAGUAG